UUCUCCAGUACAGAAGAAAAAGAGGAACCCGUCAGAGUCCUCUAAAAUAGGGGAAGGGACAACUUGUGUGGUGGCUUGAGGGGAUUCAACCAAGGGCUGGAAAAGAGGAACCCCCAUCAGGCAGGCCCCACCUGGAGAAGGUCAUUGCAAUUUUUAGGGCCAGUGAAAAGAGGAUCCAGAAAAGGUGAGGGAGGGGGGUUUCCACAGCGUGCGAGCCCAGUUUCCCAGGAAGUGGGGCAGAGAGCUGAGCUGCAGGCCAUGAACAGACUACCUCCUUGCUCGAGCAGCUGCCUCAUUCAGACACCAGCCCUCCUGGGGAGAUGGAAACCCAAGGACCCCAAGGUGGGUACCCAGUGCAAACUUGGCUCGGGUAUCCAAAAUCUUGUUUUCUUCCUAGCUAGAUUCCAGAAUCUGCCAAGAAGAGGCAAAGGCUGUCCGUUUCUGGCUUCUCUGGUACCCAUCUUCAGUUAAGAGGGAGGUGGGAGUGGCUCAAGGUGUAGCUUGGGGAAGGUGUGACUGCUGUAGAAGCCUAAGUCAGUGCUUGGCUGGGCAAACUUUGAGGACCACUGUACCUUGGAACUCUUUGUGCACCCAUCACCCUAGUGUCAUCUCUUCCCCCAGCAACAGUGACUCACAAAGCUGGGUGGUGCCAGACAGACACAGCCUCCCACUGGCUUUGGAAGCCAGGUCACAAAGGCCAUUACCGCACACCCCAAGACAGCCCUGUGUAGCAUUCUUUUCUGCAGCUGGGCAGGCCCUGGGCCUCCUGCCAUCCCACAGUCCCUUGACUGGGUCUCAGGACUAGUGCAGCAAAGCACGAAGCCUCACUGUGCCCAUGUGUGUCAUCUGUUUUGUGAAGGCAUUAGUGCAUGUGUUCAAGAUCUACCUGACAGCCAACUAUACCUACAACUUCCGCAGCUGGCCUGUGGACUUCCGCUGGGAUGAUGUGUGCUCUGCUGGUGGGGGUGGCAGCGGUCAUCGGGCACUGACAUGCACAGCAGCUGCUGCAGGUGUGUGGUUGCUUCGGGAUGCAGCGCUGGGAGGGGACGCACCGGGGCGGCCACUGCGCCGGGCUCGCAGCCAGGCGCAGUGCCUCCUGCAGCAGAUCCGAGAGUUGCCCAGCCAGCUUACCAGCUAUGCCCUGGCCCACUCACUAGGACGCUGGCUCGUGUACCCUGGCUCCAUGUUCCUGAUGUCCCGAGCACUGCUACCACUACUGCAGCAGGGCCAAGAGCGCCUUGUGGAGCGCUACCACGGCCGGCGUGCCAAGCUGGUGGCCUGCGAUGGCAACGAGAUUGACACCAUGUUCAUGGAUCGCCGCCAGAACCCUGGCAGCCACGGUCGUGGCCUGCAUCUAGUCAUUUGCUGCGAAGGCAAUGCUGGCUUCUAUGAGAUGGGCUGCCUGUCUGCACCACUUGAAGCUGGCUACUCAGUGCUAGGCUGGAACCACCCAGGUUUUGGGGGCAGCACAGGUGCUCCAUUUCCACAGCAUGAUGCCAACGCCAUGGAUGUAGUGGUCAAGUACGCCCUGCACCGCUUGCAAUUCCCACCUGCACAAGUGGUGGUCUACGGCUGGUCCAUUGGAGGCUUUACAGCAACCUGGGCUACCAUGACUUACCCAGAGCUGGGAGCACUGGUGCUAGAUGCCACCUUUGAUGACCUUGUGCCAUUAGCACUGAAGGUUAUGCCCCAUAGCUGGAAGGGACUGGUGGUACGUACUGUGAGGCAGCAUUUCAAUCUCAAUGUCGCCGAACAGCUGUGCUGCUAUCCUGGGCCAGUGCUACUGCUCCGGCGCACCCAGGAUGAUGUGGUCAGUACCUCGAGCCACCUGACUACCCUGCCCCCUGGAGAUGUGGAGGGUAACCGUGGCAAUGAACUGCUGUUGCGCCUACUGCAGCACCGGUAUCCGGUCUUGAUGGCACACGAGGGACGUGUUGUUGUGACCCGUUGGCUGCGCUCUAACAGCCUGGCACAGGAGGCUGCCUUCUAUACACGCUACCGUGUGGAUGAUGAGUGGUGCCUUGCGAUGCUGCACUCUUACCGCGAGCGCUGCCAGGAGCAGGCCUGGGGGCCACAUGGGCCCACCUUCCCCUGGCUUGUGGGCCAGGGCCUGAGCACACGGCGGCAACGCCAGCUUGCGUUGUUCCUUGCACGCAAGCACCUCAGAAAUGUGGAAGCAACUCACUGCAGCCCACUGGAGCCUGAGGACUUCCAGUUGCCCUGGAGACUGUAGCCUGGGCUGGUGGACUCCUGCUGUGGGUAUUCCACACCUUUCCAGCCUAGGGUUUAUUCCCUUCCCCACAACCCCAACCACAAAAGCUAGUCCUGCCCAGUAUCCUGACCUGGUGUCUGAGGGGGUAGGGAGUAUAUCUGGACCAUGGUCACCCUUCACGAGGGCACUCAGAUCUUCCUUUUGGUCUUGACUGCUCCUAUCAUCCUUUCUUUCCUUUUCUUCUGCAAGCACUUUGGGACAACUGUGCCCAGUUUCCAAAGGGAAUGCAAAGAUGAACCUGGCCCAGUUUAUGGUAAUACUGUGUGAUGAGUGAUUGAUCGUUGCAAAAGGCUGUUGGGAAUGGGCUGUGAGGCCACAGGGAGGCGCCCUUCACCCAGCCUGGUUUCCAGGGAGAGGAAAAAGGUUGCCAGCUGGGUUCAAGUGUACAAGUUGUUCCUAUCUGUGAAAAGACAGUGGAGACCUAGUGUCAUAACAGAUGCUCCCUUGGGCCAGGGAGAUGGCUCAGUAGGAUAAGCACUU